AUGGGUGCAGCUUCUUCUAACAACACGACGGUACCACGACGAUCCGCAUUCCACGAUGCACUGGCCAGCGUGGAAGGUGCCGGACAUUCCGUGACUUACGAAGACAAACACACACAACCAGCCUAUUUGGCGCCCCCGGUCGAAGAGGCAUUUGUUCGCCAUCCGACAAGAUGGCCAUGUCUAGGGUUGUGUGUUGAGCAAACGACGCCUCAGAUUGUUGUACCAUAUCCGCCAACGGGGUCACCAGAGCGUCUGAAUUGGGGACUGGGUGUUCUGGUUUUGGGUAGAGAUUUGGCCGAUUCAGAUGUUGCCCACGACACGUCUAAGGAUGCCCUAUUUCCAUAA